AGCUUUGAGAAAUUAAAGCAAUAUUUUGUAAAAAAUGAAUUUGAUUUGUUCAAAGUCUAUAAGGAAGGAGAAACCAGCGGUAAGAAUGUCUGCGUGCUGACAGAAUCCUUCCCAAAAAUGGCAAACAGGAUCAGGAAUUUUGAAGUUAAGAAGGAUGAUGCAUGGGUGCUCACUUACCCAAAAUGUGGAACAACUUGGACCGAAGAAAUUGUAUGGCUUCUAAGAAACGACUUGAAUUUCGAAAAAGCUUUAAAAAUUCGACAAGCCGACAGAUCAAUUUUUAUAGAAGAAGGAUUGUUCAUGGGUGAAGGAAUGGCUCUGAUGCCAGUUGAACAAGCUGAAAAUUUACCAUCUCCAAGACAAAUAAAAAGCCACUUGCCAAUUGCACUUCUCCCAAAGGAAUUGAUGGAAGUUAAACCAAAAAUAAUAUAUGUAGUAAGAGAUCCUCGUGAUGUAGUGGUUUCUUACUAUCAUCAUUAUCGUAUAAUUGCUGGAUUUACUGGUCCUUUAGAUGAGUUUGUAGACGCUUUUGUGGAAGAUUCACUUUGCUAUUCUCCAUAUUGGGAAACAAUUCUAGAAUUUUGGGAUUUAAGACACGAAGACCACAUAUUAUUUUUAACCUACGAAGAUAUGAAAAAGAAUCUUAGAUCUGUUAUUGAUAAAUUAUGCGAUUUUUUUGGAAAAUCAUAUUCCGAUGAACAAAUAGCAGCAUUAGAAGAUCAUGUAUCAUUCAAUUCAAUGAAGAAUAAUCCACAAGUCAACAAGCAAGAUAUUAUUGAUUUACGAGCAAAGCACAUAGGGUUUGAACCUCCAAAAGACGUUAAAUUUAUAAGACAAGGACAAGCUGGUGGUUGGAAAAAUGAACUUUCGGAAGAAUCCAGGAGAAAAAUUGAGCAAUGGUCAAGGAACGCUUUGAAAAAUACAGAUUAUCCACCAUUAGAAGAUAUGCUAGAUGAGUAGAAGAAAUUGUGAUUUAU